AUGGACGAUUUGACGACAGGUUGUGAUAAUCUAACUGAGCUAAAAAAUAUGCAGCAACAAAUAAUUCAUAUAUUAAAUUCAUAUGGAUUCAAGUUGAGAAAAUGGUGUGCUAAUCAUCCUAGUUUGUUGAACGAAAUUCCUAGCGAAGAUCGAGAAAUAAAAUUAGAUAUAACAUCUAAUAAAGCUGAGAAUAUAAAAGCCCUAGGAAUCGCUUGGAAUCCAGCUAAAGAUCACAUCUCAAUAAAAGCUUAUUUAGAAACUGACUAUAAAAUUACAAAGCGCCAAAUACUUUCUGAUAUUGUGAAACUAUUUGAUCCUUUGGGUCUUUUGAGUCCAGUUGUAGUGGUAGCAAAAUUGAUACUACAACAAAUAUGGAAAGAAAAAAUCGACUGGGAUCAAGCCGUUACAGGAGUAACCAUGCGAUCAUGGGUACAUUUAAGAAAUCAAAUGAAAUUAUUAAAUGAAAUAAAUCUUCCCAGAUACGCAUUAUUAUCUGAUGCAAAAGAAAUCGAAUUACACGGAUACUCAGAUGCAUCCAUGAGAGCCUAUGGCGCUGUGGUGUAUGUACAAUCAGUAGACAAAUCGGGAAAUAUUAAAAUAAAUCUAUUAGCUUCCAAAUCCAAAGUAGCCCCAUUAAAAAUUCAGACGUUACCUCGAUUAGAACUAUGUGCUGCGGUACAGUUAGUAAAAUUAAUGGAAAAAGUAUCAAAAGCACUUAAUCUAAAGGACAAGCAUAUUAUUUACGGAUUCAACAAUCGUCCUUAG